GUCCACAGGGGGAAAGGAAAAUGAGAGGUUUAGCAAGCAACAGGAAAACCGCUAAGAGAACACAUUCCAGGCGCGCAGAGUCUGGACGGAACAAUAAGGGGUGGGACGACAACUCUAUGCCUACAACUAUUUAAAAAUCUCUAAUCUCGCCUUUUAAUCGGGAACACGGACGGCGGCUGAAGAAUUCGUACUUAAUGGGAACCGCGCACCCUCCGCCGUCUCUUGUGAAGCCAGUCGAAGCGGAAGGAGUCUGGUCCGAAACCCCACGACGAUGUUCCUGUUGUGGGUUUUAUCAGCGCAGAUUUGGACCCAGAUGAGAUAGGUUUCAUUGAGGUCGAUGUGGACUCAGACAACCCGCUCUGAGGUCCUCUUCUCGCCUUCCCCCCCCCCCACACACUUUUGAAACACUACUUUCAUCUUUCCGUGUGUGUGCGCGCUGAAGUGACGCGGUUUUAAGUUUUAAACCGCUCUCCGGUUUACCAGAACAGUUUUUCUGUUUCCACGAAGCUGCGGCUGGUUUUUGUCGUCGAGGCAGCGGAGAGGAUGUUUACCUCCGGCGCUGGUUUAAACUCUUACUCGACCUGUUUGUGAUAUGGGCUACGCGUGGCGGCUCCAUCUGACAAGUUAAAAGAGGAGCAGAAAACAUGAUGGGAAGAUCUGUUCUGCUCACGGUUCUGUUAGCAGGAGUUUUUCUCUUGACUUCCACCAUUCAUGCAGAGAACCAGGAUGGCAGUGAAGAAGGGAAGCUGCUGUGCAAAUGCGAGAUCCCAAAGAACCCAAGCAUUUGCAGCAACGAGACGUGCAGAGGAAACUACUGUUUCUACUCCUGGGUGCUAAACAAGGACGCAGAAGCAGAAAGCUCUGUCACUGAGAUAUGGGGAUGUUUCCCAGAACAACACUUCAGAGAGCGGUGCUUUGGAUCCUUCCCCGGCUUUUUUGUCCAGUGCUGCCAGACGGACAAGUGCAACACCCUGAUCACACCGCCUCCAAAUAUUAAUGGGGAGCCGACAACAGUUCCUCCCCCAGAGUACCCACAUCCCAAACUGUGGAUUGCUGUGGCUCUGCUGCUGCUAUUCACGUCUGUAAGCGUGUGUGGUUUUCUGCUGUUUCUGCGAUUUCGACGUGCGCCCAGCAAACUGAAAGACCCCGAAGAUCACGGCCUCACGGUCAAAGUCCCCACCGGAAAUGACCCCACAUACGGUGAAAUUUUUGAUGAGUUUUGUACUUCAGGAAGUGGGACAGGCCUUCCAUAUCUGGUCCAAAGAACUAUGGCGAGACAAAUCUCUCUUGUUGAAUGUGUUGGUAAAGGCAGAUAUGGUGAGGUGUGGAGGGGCACAUGGAUGGGGGAGAGUGUGGCUGUCAAGAUUUUCUCCUCCAGGGACGAGCAGUCCUGGUUCAGAGAGACAGAGAUCUACAAUACAGUGCAGCUGCGCCAUGAGAAUAUCCUGGGUUUCAUUGCCUCGGACAUGACGUCCAAAAACUCCAGCACCCAGCUGUGGCUCGUCACUCACUUCCAUGAGCUGGGUUCGCUCUAUGACUUCCUGCAAUACAGCAGCCUGGAGCCAGAGAGCUGCUUGAGGAUGUGCCUCUCGGUGGCUUGUGGCCUGGUCCACCUCCACACUGAGAUAGUCAGCUCCCAGGAGAAGCCGGCAAUUGCCCACCGAGACCUCAAGAGCAGAAACAUCCUGGUGAAGAGGAACGGACAGUGCUGCAUUGCCGAUCUAGGCUUGGCUGUGAUGCACUCUCAGUCUCAUGACUACCUGGAUGUGGGCAACAACCCUCGUGUAGGGACAAAGCGCUACAUGGCCCCUGAAGUGCUGGAUGAGACGAUUCGUGUCGAUGUCUUUGAGUCUUACAAGCAAACAGACAUCUGGGCCCUUGGCUUGGUCUUCUGGGAAAUAACGCGCAGGACUGUCGUCAACGGGAUUGUUGAGGAGUAUCGACCGCCCUUCUUUGACUUGGUGCCCUCUGAUCCAAGCUUUGAGGAGAUGAAGAAGGUGGUGUGUGUGGACCAGCAGAAGCCCAGCCUGCACAACAGGCUCCACUCCCACCCAAUCCUAUCAGCCAUCGUCAAGAUCAUGAAGGAGUGUUGGUACCAGAACCCAACGGCCCGCCUCACAGCCUUGAGGGUGAAGAAAACUCUUUCCAAGCUGGACGUCGAAAGCGACUUCAGCAUAGAGAAACUCAAACGUGACAUCUAAGCGAAAACACCAAGAAAUAUCAUGGAAAACUACAAAAACCAACAGGAGGAAUGUUGAACAGCAUAGUCAUCAACUCUUCCCAAAACCGUAUGUUGGAAUUGCACAUUUAUAGCAGUUCUCCAAGCAAGGGGUCAUAAAGGGAACUUGUUUUUUUACUCACCACUACAAGACGGGAAAUCAUUGCCUUAUUACUCACACUUUUCUAAAGUGGGUUUUUCACAAAAACGUAGUCAUAGACAGCACAAAAGCUUGGCUUGUUUCACUAUGAUUUACAGGACACGUAAAAAGACAGAAGCUCUCACCAAAACAGUAUUGACUAUAAUGUAAAAAUGUUCAACUUAAGUUAAAGGAGCAUUUAUCACAGGUAGCAAAGACAGACUGAAAUAUUUAGUUGUACAUAUUCUACAAGCAUUGAACCUUGUAAGGGUUCAAUGGUUAUUUACAAUCUUGAUAUUAGUGUAAAUAUAUUUCAAGAGAUGUUAUUUUCUAUUUUAAAGCACAUUUUAUACACCUUUUUAUCCCAAUUUUUAAUUUGUUUGUUUAUUUAGACCUAAAAUGUACUACCAUAAUCACUAUGGUCAAGAAAGUAAAUCACAGAAUGAUAUUAAAUAUUGGAGAUCUUUAAUAAAGGUUUUGUAUUUUGCAAAUAAACCA